AUGAAAAAGCUGAGCAAUUCAGACGUAUUAAAGAAUUUGGAUGAGAAAUUAAAGCAUCUUGAGCCAUCAGAACGAGAAGAUCUAAAGAAAAUUAUUGGUGACUACAAUCAUCUGUUUCCAGUUGUUCCAUCUAGAACUGAAAUGAUAUAUCAUGAUGUCAAAAUCGAGGACACUGCAAGACAAUCUGAUUGUGGACUGCUUGUCAAGAUAGUGAA